CACUAGACCUCUACCUCUACCACGUUUUCACACACUCUCUCUCUCUCUCUCCCUCUCUCCCUCUCUCCCUCUAAUGUCCUCUGCAAAUCCACCUGAGACAACCAAUGGUGCCAACCUAGGCUACGGAAUCGCCAUCGCCGUUGGAAUUCUCGUCCUCAUCUCCACCAUAAUGCUCGCCUCUUACGUCUGCGUCAGAGUCAAAGCCAGCGGCAGCGAUGGUGGUAGCGACGGUGGUAUUGACUCAGCCACCAAUGGCCACCAAACCUUGCCGGAGCCGACGGUUGUGAUGGUGGGCCUUGACAAGCCCAUCAUAGAGUCUUACCCAAAGUUGAUAUUAGGUGAGAGCAAGAGACUACCCAGGCCCAACAACGACAUAUGUUCCAUAUGCUUGUCGGAGUACCUUCCAAAGGAAACCAUCCGAUACCUACCGGACUGCAAGCAUUGCUUCCAUGCCGACUGCAUCGAUGAGUGGCUUCGAAUGAGUGCCACGUGUCCCAUCUGUCGUAACUCUCCGGUUCCGUCUGUGGUUCCUACGCCGGUUGCCACUCCUCUGUCGGAGCUUGUUCCACUGGCCUUUCACGCUAGGUGACUGAGAUGUAAUUUCUAUUUAAAGAAAUUAUAUAAAAGAAUAUAAAUUUAUUGGGAAAGUUAAGUAUUAGUUGUGUGCAUUAAUUAGAGGUUAGGCCUUGUAGUCUGAUAACCUCAAUUGCAAUAAAUUCGUCUCACA